UGAUUAGUUAAGGAGAUGUCAUGGUCUUCUUCCAUCGAUGUAGAAGAUAGCAGAUAUGAUCGCCUGAAAAAGCUGAACUACACUGCAAGCAUGGCUUUCGCCCAGUCGCACAUUAUGGCAGCUAGAAGGCAUCAGCACAGUAGACUCAUAAUCGAAGUGGAUGAGUACAGCUCCAACCCCACACAGGCUUUCACGUUCUACAACAUUAACCAGGGACGUUUUCAGCCCCCACAUGUGCAAAUGGUUGAUCCGGUGCCCCAUGAUGCUCCCAAACCUCCGGGAUAUACACGAUUUGUCUGUAUUUCUGAUACUCACUCAAGAACUGAUCCCAUCCAAAUGCCAUAUGGAGAUGUGUUAAUACAUGCUGGUGAUUUUACUGAGCUGGGACUUCCUAGUGAAGUAAAAAAAUUCAACGAAUGGCUAGGUAGCCUGCCCUAUGAAUACAAGAUUGUGAUAGCAGGAAAUCAUGAAUUGACCUUUGACCAGGAAUUCAUGGCUGACUUAAUCAAGCAGGACUUUUACUAUUUCCCCUCUGUUUCUAAGCUGAAGCCAGAGAGCUAUGAAAAUGUACAGUCUCUUCUAACAAACUGCAUCUAUCUUCAAGACUCUGAAGUGACGGUGAGGGGAUUCAGAAUAUAUGGCUCCCCUUGGCAACCUUGGUUUUAUGGCUGGGGCUUUAAUCUUCCACGAGGCCAAGCACUAUUAGAGAAAUGGAACCUUAUUCCAGAUGGAAUAGAUAUUCUUAUAACACAUGGACCACCUCUUGGUUUUCUAGACUGGGUUCCUAAGAAAAUGCAACGGGUAGGAUGUGUUGAGCUGCUGAACACAGUCCAGAGACGAAUACAGCCAAGGCUUCAUGUUUUUGGACAUAUCCAUGAAGGUUAUGGUGUCAUGGCUGAUGGAACUACUACCUAUGUGAAUGCAUCUGUGUGCACUGUGAAUUACCAGCCACUUAAUCCACCUAUAGUUAUUGACUUACCUACUCCAAGGAACACAUGAUUAUAAUGAGGAUUUAAAGUUGUGCCCAACACAUUAGCAACUUUAUAUUGCUGGCUGAGAAUCCCAAUAGGGAACCAUUCAACAAAAAAGCAAAAACCUUCUUUUUUUCCCUGCUAGCUCUUCACAGAUAAAUUUUGAGUGACAAAAGUGGAUGAGGAACAAAGACAUUUUGGUGCCAGAAACAGAGUAAAGACUUUAACAUUUCACCAUUAAAAUAUUUGUGAACACAGAAAAGUGAAUGCAUUCCACGUAUCUAUAUACAUAUACAUAUAUAUAUAUCUCAAGUAGGGACUUUUGUAUAUACCGUACAUUAUAUUGGACUUAUUAAAAGAACAAUGUCUUUUAAAGGAGUGUUUCUUUAAGAAAGUUUGCAGUUUAAACUUAAGUGUUUAGACUAGGAUUUCCUCAUUUCAGAUGUUUCCCAGUGAGCUCUUGGAAAAAGAAAAAUGAUGGUAAAGAUGUUUUCCCUUAAUUAACAUGGCAACUAUAAAAGAUGGUGCAUGAAUGACCAGUCACAGGAGGAAAGCUAUUACUUCAAGUCCUCCAGGUCUAAGUCUUUGCUUCUAUUCAAACCCAAUGCAAUAGAGGCCCUAAUUCACUGUACUGAAAUGAAGUUUUACUACAUCUGGCAUUACAGAUGGUAAGGGAAAUGGUGCAUAUUGCUGGCAUGCUGUAAACAGCUCAACAUUGAAGAAGGGAGACUGUGUUAAGUGCAGUAUAAACUCAGGAAUUUGUAACCUGGACUCGCCUGUGAAAAAAAGGAUGACAUUUCCCUUAAAAAAAAAAAAGGAAGAAAAAAUAUAACUGUGUUUUCAUAUGGUAAGGCGAUAUGUGAUUGUAUGUAAAAAGCAAAAAAACCCCACAAAACCCCCACCCGGUGUUCAGUAAUGGUAUUUUAAAUAAAACCCACAGGGACUAUUUGUUUAAAACCUGUUAACGGGACAUACAGCCAACGAUGAGAUUACUGGUUUGAACUUGGCCCCAGUCAGAGGUGAUUAAAUGUCAUUGUGAUCCUUUUGUCCUUGGGGAACGCUAUGGAUGUCAAGGGGAAGGGGUCACCUCAGCAUGGCGUUCAGGCAUUCGCUUUUGGGUAGCUGUGUAGUAGCGUAUGUGCGAUGAGUGACGAGUACAUGGCAAUGGGUACAGAGCAGGGUGGCCUCACAAAACCUGUCAUUGCUGUUUGCCCGCUCACGGACAGUGCGAGUUUUCAACCGAGUUGAAAUCCAUCUGUCGUGUUGCAUGUGACGCCAGGCAAAGCAGGGGACGUGUCAGGAGAGGGUUGGGAUGGCCACCGCUACUACUGCCCACGCAGCUUUCCUGCAGGUUAACGGGGGGGGUUGAAGCUGCUGGGAUUUCAGUCCCAUCCUAGGCAGAAGCUUGAGAAUUGAUUAUAAACCCACCAAAAAAAAAGUGCUUCAAAUGUGCCCUACAAGAAAUGCAUUUCUGCCUUGAACUAACGAACUUCUCGAUGCUCGAAGAGGAGACUUUUUGCAUUGAUGGAGAUAAUUUAGCUGCUGUAUUCUGAACGUGAACAUCCUAAAUUUGGGGCUGACAGCAUCUAGGCAUUAAUCUUGUUCACAGACAUUGGGAGAUCAUCGCGCUACCAAUACAGGGUUGUUUGCAGGUCUGUCCAUAGCCCACUUCCGCACACACGCAUUGGAUAAUCGAGUAUGUUACUUUUUGCCUGAUACAUGGAUGUAAAUGUGAGUUUCACGUAGUGGCUGCGUGUACAUUAUAUGCAUACACAAUUUAAAAUACCUGUCUCACAAAACCAGGCUAUGUCAGCCUCAACUCUAGGAGAGGCAGGCAGAAACAUUGCGUUUUGCUGCCUUCCCACGGGCAGCAGCGACAUUCAAGCCCAGUAACUAACUCCUGCUGUGGACCCACCAGAAACCGCCGGAAAACAUGACAAGUCGCGGGUCUGUCAUUUCUUUUAAGCUGUUGGGUGACUUGAGGGUCUAAACUAAUUUGCUGCUUUUUCUGAAACGAAACCCAAAAUGAUCGGUGGCGCCUGCAACUGGUUCUUUGGGUAAAUAGCUCACAAGCGCGUGAGCAGUCUGCCAUGAAUUCAGAUGGGGCCACUUCUGUCAAAACUAUUGGUGUAGAAAUUGCAGGAUCAGCUCCUAAAUCAGCAAGGACCGAAAUUCAUCGUUGACUAUGAACUCCUGCCAUCAUUGGGAAGAUGAGCAAUAGCGUGUAGUUAGAAUAAAAGCGUCUUAGCUAGUCACAAUUCAAGCGGUUUGAAACAAACGUGGCAGGAAAUUGGCUGUAUGUUAAAGAAGUCUGAAAUGUUUACAUUCGCUUACAGCACUUAAGAGACUAAAAUGUUAAAGUGGGGGGAAGAGGUCCUUUUAUUAGCCUCAACAAAAUUUCUAUGUCGACCAUAAACUAUUCUCUUAAAAAUAAUUUUUCCUAAGGUAUCUUCAAAAUACUGUGUAUUUUUAUGUGGAAAGGAUACGAAAGCAGCUGUUACUUCAAAAUAUCAUUUAAAGUACUUGAGGUAUGAAAGCUUAAAGGUUAUUUAAUCAUUUUGGCAUAACUUGAUUGUUGUUGUAAUUUUUGGUCAAGCAUGUUAGACAAAUAAAGUCUUAAAAAAAAAAAAAAUGACAAAAAA